UACUUAAUUGACCCACUGGUGCAUUUCGGGUAGGCGGAAAAAGGCUCCAAAAGGUUGGUGAAGCGACACACGCACGUUGCAGAGUCUGUGAAGAGGAAGAAACAACAACAAAGAAAAGCAGUUUCUCAGCUCGGAAUCAAGGAAGACUGUUUUAAAAAUGUCCAUCGGUGUACCAAUUAAAGUCCUGCAUGAGGCAGAGGGACACAUCGUGACCUGUGAGACCAACACCGGAGAGGUGUACAGGGGCAAGCUGAUCGAGGCGGAGGACAACAUGAACUGCCAGAUGUCCAAUAUAACAGUGACCUAUCGUGAUGGCCGCGUGGCACAGUUGGAGCAGGUCUACAUCCGUGGCAGCAAGAUUCGGUUCCUGAUCUUACCUGACAUGUUAAAGAACGCUCCUAUGUUAAAGAGUAUGAAGAACAAGAACCAGGGAUCCGGUGCAGGAAGGGGCAAGGCAGCUAUUCUCAAAGCACAAGUGGCUGCCAGAGGUCGGGGCCGUGGUGGAAUGGGAAGAGGCAACAUCUUCCAGAAGAGGCGAUAAUUGCUCAAGCUGUGUUAAGAUUGUUGCGUUGUAUAGUCUGUUUUUUUUUUUCUUUCCUUUCUUUUUUAAAUUUAAUUUUGUCUUUGGACUUCAAUCUCUAGAUUGAAUAUCUUUGGUGUUGUUUCCAACUCCAUGUUUUGCAGCGUAUUUCUUUGAUUUCUCUUUUUUAUGAAAAUAAACAUGUUUCAAUUUGA